AUGGCUCCUGUCCUCGCGUCUGACCCUGUGUCGCAGGCCGAUACACCUAUGACUGAUGCAAAUGACGACACUAUGCCUUCGGUGCCCGUGGAUAGUGCCGAUGCGCAGACGGACUCCGAUACAAACCCGAAUACUACAGCGAGCAGCGUUGCUGGUGACGUGGAUGGCCGCCGGCGUAGGUCAGAGGCGAAUACCCUGAGAAAAAGCAUUUUGGGCAAGAAGCACGGCCGUCUAGAUGAAUCGAAGGAGAAUGACUCAAUUCGCCGAUUCCGAUACCUUCUCGGUCUGACAGAUCUAUUCCGCCACUUCAUCGAGACCAACCCCAACCCGCAGAUCAAGGAGAUUAUGGCGGAGAUUGACCGACAGAAUGCAGAGAGCGAAGAGAAGGCCCGCAAGGGAUCUUCACGCUCAGGUGGUGCGGGUGGGGAGCGUCGCCGCCGGACAGAGCAAGAGGAGGACGCCGAGCUUCUCAGAGAUGAAAAACAUGGCGGAGGUACAACUACUGUUUUCCGAGAGUCGCCCGGUUAUGUUCAUGGUCAGCUGCGUGAUUACCAGAUUGCUGGCUUGAACUGGCUUGUUUCGUUACACGAGAACGGUAUCUCGGGAAUCUUGGCUGAUGAGAUGGGUCUCGGAAAGACACUACAAACCAUCUCUUUCUUGGGUUAUCUGCGGUUUGUUAUGGAAAUUACCGGUCCCCACCUUGUCGUUGUGCCGAAGUCAACACUCGAUAACUGGAAGCGCGAGUUCGCACGCUGGAUUCCUGACAUUAAUGUUCUUGUCCUCCAGGGCAACAAGGAGGAGAGGCAACGUUUGAUCAACGAGGAGCUGCUCGAGGAAAACUUUGACGUGUGUAUCACGAGUUAUGAAAUGAUUCUUCGUGAAAAGUCGCACUUGAAGAAGUUCGCCUGGGAGUAUAUCAUCAUCGACGAGGCGCAUCGGAUUAAGAACGAAGAAUCAUCUUUGUCACAAAUCAUUCGUCUCUUUAACUCCCGCAACCGAUUGUUGAUUACCGGUACCCCGCUGCAAAACAACCUUCAUGAACUGUGGGCCUUGCUCAACUUCCUUCUGCCAGAUGUCUUUGGCGAUUCUGAGGCAUUCGAUCAAUGGUUCUCCAACCAGGAUUCCGAUCAGGACACUGUGAUCCAACAACUCCACCGUGUCCUCCGUCCUUUCUUGCUUCGCCGCGUCAAAAGUGAUGUCGAAAAAAGUUUACUGCCAAAGAAGGAACUCAAUCUGUAUGUUCCUAUGUCUGAGAUGCAAGUGAAAUGGUACCAAAAGAUUCUGGAGAAGGACAUCGAUGCUGUCAAUGGUGCUGCAGGAAAGCGCGAGUCCAAGACUCGGCUGCUGAACAUUGUCAUGCAGCUGCGGAAGUGUUGCAACCACCCUUAUCUGUUCGAAGGAGCUGAGCCAGGUCCUCCAUACACUACUGAUGAGCACCUUGUCUUCAACUCUGGAAAGAUGGCAAUUCUAGACAAGCUUCUGAAACGCAUGAAGGCAGAUGGCAGUCGUGUGCUUAUCUUUUCCCAGAUGAGCCGUGUUCUGGAUAUUUUGGAAGAUUACUGUGUGUUCCGCGACUACAACUACUGCCGUAUCGAUGGUACCACGGCUCACGAGGACCGAAUUGCCGCCAUCGACGACUACAACAAACCAGAAUCUGACAAGUUUGUUUUCCUUCUCACCACCCGUGCAGGUGGUCUUGGUAUCAACUUGACCUCGGCCGAUAUUGUGGUGCUGUUUGACAGUGACUGGAACCCGCAGGCCGAUCUGCAGGCAAUGGAUCGUGCGCAUCGUAUUGGACAAACUAAGCAAGUUAAGGUCUUCCGAUUCGUCACGGAGAAUGCUAUUGAAGAGAAGGUUCUCGAACGUGCAGCUCAGAAACUGCGGUUGGAUCAACUUGUCAUUCAACAAGGUCGGGCUCAACAGCAAGCUGGCAAAGCCGCUUCCAAGGACGAUCUUCUUGGCAUGAUUCAACAUGGUGCUGCAAACGUCUUUGGCACUAAGAGCACGGGUGGUGCUGGGGAUGGUGUCUCUGAAGAUGACAUCGAGACUAUUCUGCGCAAGGGAGAAGAACGAACUCAGGAGCUGAGCAAGAAGUACGAAACGCUCGGCAUUGAUGAUUUGCAGAAGUUCUCGUCCGAGAGUGCUUAUGAAUGGAACGGAAAGGAUUUCACCGAGCGCAAGAAAGACAUCGGCGUCAGCUGGAUCAACCCAGCCAAGCGUGAGCGCAAAGAACAGUUUUACUCGAUUGACAAGUACUACCGGCAGGCUUUGGCCACUGGAGGCCGAACUGCCGACACAAGGCCCAAGGUCCCGCGGGCUCCCAAGCAAAUCACUGUUCACGACUGGCAAUUCUUCCCACCAGGCCUCUCAGAUCUCCAGGAUAAAGAGACCGCUUGGUUCCAUAAGGAGAUUGGAUACAAGGCUCAACUUCCCGAGACAACCGCCGCUGGCUCCACAGAACUCAGUGACCGAGAGGCUGACCAAGCUCUUGAGCAACACGCCAUCGAUAAUGCUGUCCCUCUCACCGAGGAGGAGCAAGAGGAGAAGGCUCGCAUGUCCGAGGAGGGCUUUGCAAGCUGGAACCGACGUGAUUUCCAGCAAUUUGUCAACGGAUCUGCCAAGUUCGGUCGUACAGACUACGUCGGUAUUGCUACUGAGAUUGACAGCAAAGAGCCAGAUGAAAUUGAAGAAUACGCCGAGGUAUUCUGGCGCCGGUACACUGAGAUCAAUGACUACACCAAAUACCUGCGAGUCAUCGAUCAAGGUGAGGAGAAGGUGCGCAAGAUGAAUCACCAGCGGAAGAUGCUUCGCAAGAAGCUAGAGAUGUACCGUGUGCCCCUCCAACAGCUCAAGAUCAACUACACUGUGUCUACCACCAACAAGAAGGUCUACACUGAGGAGGAGGAUCGAUUUUUAUUGGUCAUGUUGGACAAGUACGGUGUCGAAGGUGAAGGACUAUAUGAGAAGAUCCGUGAAGAGAUUCGGGAUUCGCCUUUGUUCCGUUUCGAUUGGUUCUUCCUCAGCCGUACGCCCGUGGAGGUCGGUCGGCGCUGUACCACCUUGUUGAAUACUGUUGCGAAGGAGUUCGAGACCAACGGUGAAGGCAAGAGCCGUGGUCGUGAUCGAGAGGAGGACGAGGAAGUCGAAGAUGCUGCGCCUGCCAAGAAGAAGGCCAAGAAUGGGGCUGCUCAAAAUAAGCAAGUCAAGGCUACCAAGGGUGGCAAGACUGGCUCCAACGCAAGCUCCCGUGCCAGCACUACAGCGCCCAAGUCCAAGAGUCGGAAGAAGUAA